CCUUUUGCUCGAAACGUAUGAACCAGAAGAAGACUCGAGGAUAGUUCCGUGCGCAAUUCAGAAAUUUACGAGCUUCUCUAACUUCGCGAAACGAAUGCGAUCAUCUUUCCUGUUUGUGAUCCUCAGGAACAAGACGAACCCUAAUCAUGAACUGCUCGUGCACUAAUCGGUCUUCGUCUCUGAUUAUCUCAUCCAACCCGUCGUUUCGCUUCCCCGGUUCUUCCUUCCCUUCAAAUCUCGCCUUCUCGACAUUGAAAGGUGAGACGGUGGUGAAGCAACGUCUGGUAGUGAAGAGCGCUUCUGGGUCCGAUGAAAACGGAUCCAUGAAUGGGUUUCCCGUCAAACCGAACAAGCUCUUCAUGCAAGAGGCGAUAGGAGCUGAAUAUGGAGAAGGGUUCGAAACUUUCAGACAGGAUGGUCCUCUUAAAGUCGAUGUGGAUUUCUGGAACGAGAGAUUGCAAGAGGGUUUUCUUCAAAGAAUACGCUACGCAAUGAAACCGGAUGAAGCAUAUGGACUUAUUUUCUCGUGGGACAACGUCGUGGCGGAUACUCGAACUCUAGAGUUGGAUGCUUGGAAGCAGCUUGCUGCUGAAGAAGGAAAAGCAACUGCAAUUCUAGAAGAGGAUAACAUCCAAAGACUGAUGCUUCAUGCAGGAGCUGAUCAUGUGUUAGGCAAGGUGCUGUUUCAGGAGACAUCACAAAGAGAAAUAGACAGAUUAAGACACAGGCUAUCGCAGAUAUAUUAUGAUAAUCUUGUCAGACUCACAGAACCAGCGAAAGGAAUCAGAGAUUGGCUCGAUGCUGUCUCAACUGCUCGUAUUCCUUGUGCCGUGGUAUCAAAUCUUGAUCGCAGAAACAUGAUCGAUGCCCUUGAACGAAUGGGACUUCAAAAGUAUUUCCAGGCAAUAGUAUCCGAGGAAGAUGGUAUGGAAUCGAUAGCUCAUAGAUUUCUUUCUGCAGCCGUGAAGUUGGACAGGAAGCCAUCAAAGUGUGUUGUCUUUGAGGAUGAUCCAAGGGGAAUAACUGCAGCUCACAACUGUACUAUGAUGGCCGUGGCCUUGAUUGGCACUCACCCGGCGUAUGAUCUUGUUCAGGCUGAUCUCGCGGUCGGGAAUUUCAAUGAGUUGUCAGUGAUAAAUCUCAGGAGAUUAUUUGCAAACAAGGGUUCUACUUUCAUGGACAUGCAGAAGCAAGUGAUAGAGAAAUCCCCGCCCAGAAGAAAACUCACUACCGACACCAUAUUCUAAGCAUUUCAAUCAUCGAAAAGGCCGUGACACCGGGCAGCGAUAAAAACAAAGCCUAGGAAAUUUCAGCGGGUAGAUUUUUUUCAGCAGAGGUCUUUGCGUGGAGAGGAAAGAGUAUGUGUCUUUUCCUGCAUUGUAUGUAAUCUCCGAGAAGAACGUAUUGACUCGCCGGCCGUGCAGGUAAGCUUCACGACCUCGAAAAAGCCUUUUAAAGAAGAGGAAGAAGAAGAAACUUAAAGCAUAUACUAAAGGCUGAAACCUGUUUUGUUUGAAUGGUCCAUCAUUUUCUGAAUAUUUUUGUUUUACAUAUUGGAUGAUUGGCAACAAGGCUGGCCAUUCGGUUCGAUUA